AGCGCGCGCACUCGCGGAACGGAACGCCAGGCUUCUUCGUCUUCUUCGCUGCUGCUCUCUCUCUCUCUCUCUCUCUCUCUCUCUCCGCGUCUCCAUGUGUCGAUGCGUCGGCGAUCGUCUCGCUCGUUGUGCGCCCAGUGACAAAAGUGCAUAGUUGUCCAGUGAACCCGUGCUGUCCUCGCGGACCUCACUGCCGACUGUGCUCCUCCAGUACUCUUGCCAGUCGCUUUCUCGCGUCCUACCUCUGAAUGAGAGGUAGGGGGCGCAAAAGCGCGUCCCAAUGUCACGCUUGCGAUGGCCUGCAGAGACCGGCCGAUAUGCUCCGUUUACUCCGAGAAUAUGAGCGAUGCGACAACAUGUAGCUGCAAGCUUCAUUCCAUUGAUAAGUGUUCAGUGCGCAGCUGCGGUUCCAGUAUCAUGUUCCAGGAGCCAUUCUUUCUGCAUCCGCCGGGUUCAAGGCCGCGGGACGGCCUCUACAUCAACCCCAUGAGCGCGUCGUAUCCGGCCUCGCGCACGACCAAAGAGUCGGUGAUAAUAGCCACGAGCCCGUCGACGGUAGCUGCCGCCAUCGUCAACGGGAACAGCAGUAGCAGCGGCGAGUCAUUUUACUUGCACAGCCCGCGUGACCUCGUCUACACGCGCAUCAGCCACCUGUUCAACGACACGGCUAGCAUCAACAGCUCCACCACCACUAGUCGCGCUUCCAACGAUAGAAAGGACGAGACGCUCACUGUGAAAGUGGACGUGCACAUCAAUAAUAACGGUACGUUAAAGCAUCAGCCAUCAUCGACAGUAGUAAUGGCAGCGCCAGUACCGCCACCGCUGCCGCCACCACCGCCGGCCGUACCGCAGCAGCAGCAGCAGCAGCAGCAGCAGCAGCAGCAGCAGCAGCAGCAACAGCAGCUGGGUAACGGAAGCGUGAAGGACAGCGGCAGCGAACACGCUUACGAACAGAUUUUCAUCAAGCCGGAAGAGCAAUCGAGUCCCAAGCAUGCUAGAGUAACUCGUCGGAAACUUACCGACAGUGCCUCUCAUCCUAGGUCGAACAAGGCAGAUCGCAGGUACAGCAGGUCUAGCAGCGCGAGCGAAUCGUCGAACAUGAGCAGCGAAGUUCAUUGUUACUCAUCGGCAACCUCGACUCCCUCGCUUUCACGCAACAGUAGCAACGAGCGCAGGAGUAAAAGUCCCAAGGCGCCGGAUCACUCGACAGAGAGGAAAAGCUCAACGACGAGCUCGACGAGAACGGAAAGCGAAAAGGAGACGAAGACGUCUAUCAACGGAGUCAGUAUAUUUAGGCCGCCGCCGCCACCGCCGCCGCCGCCACCACCACCGGAAGCCGACGAGGUCGUGAUCGUGACGGGCAAAGUGGUGGAGAGCGGUCCGAAGGAGGAGAAGAUGGACGGCUGUCCGAUGAGCAGGCAGGAGUUAAACUACGAGGCUACCAUCAGCGUUUCCGCGGCGACCGCGACUCAGCCUCGUGCAGCAGUUGCAGCGGAAGACGAGCACGAGACGCCGCGAGCGCCGCCGCUAGUCAGCUCGCCGGCGAGCAACGACCAGGAGGACUCGGCGAACAGCCACGGAGCUCGGCACUCGUCUCACCAGGUGACCGCCCACCUGGUCAACAGGCACAUGGUGCUGCCCUUCAUACCGCCCAAGUUCGCCCAUCAGGCCGCCGACUCCGACACGCUGCUCAAACCAUCCGAGUACCUGCGCAGCAUCUGCAAGUCCGGCCUCGUCGCCAGCAGCGCGUCCAGCUUGUCCAAAGCCAGAUCGGUGGACAAUUUGGACAUACGAAGCGGCGACGAAGAGGCGAACGGCAAAGCCGCUGGCAACGGCGGCUGCGGACACAACGAGGAGGACGAGCAACGGAGACGGAACGACGAGGCCUCGGGGCCACCGCCACCACCGUUGCCACCGCCGCCGAUGAAUGGACUGACUACGUCGCAAACGUCCUCGUCGACCAAUUCGAGCGGCGCCGUCGACGGCGACAUCGCCAACAAGUCGCCGCAGCAGCAACCUUUGGCGACCAUCAGUAUUCAGGACUUGACCAGUGUGCAAUUAAGGAGGACCAACAUCAAGAUGCACAUCACCAAGACGUUCUCUGCUCCGCCGAAUCGCAGCGUCUCCAUGACCAACGUGUCCGAGGCGUUUUGCGUUCAGAAGACUGACUUGAUCGCGGAACUGAAGAAAACGAAAGACAUACCCGGCAUCAAGAAGCUCAAAGUGCAGCGGGCGCAAGUGGAAAAGACGCAGGAGCAGACUUUGAUAUCCGAGAUCAACAAAGCUUUUAGCAUUGCCAACUUUGUCGACCAGAUUCCGGAGAAGGACAGCUCGGGCAACGUGAUACCUAUUUGGAAGAGGCAAAUGUUGGCAAGAAAGGCGGCAGAGCGAGCGAAAAAAGAGCUGGAGGAGCAAAUUGCCCGGGAAAACGAGGAGAAGAGAAUACAAGCGAUACCGCCUUGGAAGAGGCAGCUGCUCGCCAAGAAAGAUAGCGACUGCAAGGCCAGCGGAGCGCUGCCGCCGCAGACGUGCUUGGCGCCGAAGCUCGAGCUACAGCCGACAGUCGCGAGGAAGGAAUCAGUGGCCGCCGACGUUCUAGCGACGCCGCCGCCGCCGCCGCCGCCGCCGUCGUCGCCGCCGCCAAGGACCGACGAGCCCACCGCCGUCGUCGCCGCCAACGACGAGGAGAAGAGAAACGACUCGAUCGACGACUCGGACAGCGUGCACAUUAUACCUUGGCGAGCGCAACUGCGCAAGACCAACAGCAAACUCAACAUUCUCGAUUGACGCGAUCCGUUGCUUCGCGUGCUUACUGUCGAUUACCAUCGUUACUUUGUUGUUACACUUCGGCCCCACUCUCGAGAAUGAUGCAGCUUUCAUUAGGAAAAGCAAAAAUAUUUUUUGUAAAAAUAUUUAUCUCUGCAUAAGCUUUCUGCUGGUGCAAGCGCCUAAGUGGUAUUUAUUUAUGUGAAUAUAUUAUAUACCUGCUGUAUAAAAUGCGAUCCAACACAAACAUACAUUUUUCAGCUUAAUGAGAUUAUCAUUGUCGAGGCGAAUGACCACUGUCGUUUGCGUUAUUAAUCCUCGUUAUUAUAAUUAAGAUUUUUAA